CACACACACACACACACACACACACACACACACACACACACACACACACACACACACACACACACACACACACACACACACACAAACACCUCACUUUAGGCCGGAUUGGAGAGGAUAGGAGUGUAUAGGCAUGAUCAAACACUAACACACACACAUAUGCACACGCAACCUCAGAUCAAGGCUUGAAGCAAUGUUGUUAACAUCAGCAUGCCCCACAACAGCAGACACCACCCAGAGAGAGAGGGAGCGUGAUAAAGGAGAGACCGAGAGAAAAAACCCUUAAUAAUAUUUCAUAACCUCACCAUAGACUCAAAGUCUUUGUGACCUGGAUUUGAUGCUGUUACAGAGGAAAACAGGACAGGAAGAGAGAAGAGAACAGUUGUUGUGAUAUACAUUUAGUGAUCUUGGUGUGAGGCUGGUUGGAGCGGAGAGGAAGGGAGCUCUGUGUUCUACUGUCUGACAGAACUGGAACAGAGGAUGGAACAGUGGAGAUGAGAACACCAGCCGGUAGAAAACAAAGAGAGAGAGAGAGAGAGCUGGCAAUCACUAGGAUGGAGGAAGAUAUUGUCUGUCAGACAGUGGAAGAGAGGAGGAGGAGUUCUGGAGUGGAGGAAGGGUUACCCAGUAUGAGGAAUCUUUAUGACAUCUCCUCACUGCACAGGGUUUCCAAAGAUGACUGCAGCUCUGCAGCGAGCGGGAUAGAUGUAGCAGACCGCCUGACAUACCUGGAGCAGCGGAUGCAGAUACAGGAUGAUGAGAUCCAGCUUCUGAAGAUGGCCCUGGCAGACGUCCUCAAGAGACUCAACAUCUCAGAGGAACACCAGGCCACCAACGCCAAGAAAGGACCUGCUGAGAAAGCAAGGCCUGUGGCUCUUGCCCUGCCGUCCAGACCAUCAAUGAACAGCCUUGCCUCUCUGAAGAAAAGCUCCACAAGCUCUACAAUGCCCUCUACCUCCACCACACGGAACUACAGCCCCUUACCAGGAGCAUCAGCCAAAAGUGGUGUGAAGAGUUCAGCAGCCAGUCUGAAGGACUGUACCUCUAAGACAGCUCGGCCCGGCCCCCGACCUGGCCCCUCAGGCUCAACAGCGGCCCCCGGCAGUAAGAAAGCCGAUAGCAAAACCAAGGAGCCUGCAGCCAGUGUAGGGUCGAGGCAUGUGACGCACUGUAAAGUGACUAUGCAGAUCUAUCUGAGCCCCCAAACAAAAAGGACUGGGUUUUCUGAAGUGGCCAAAUCAGCCCCCACGGUCCCCAACUCCAGACCAACCAGAACCCCCACCCCCCCUCAGACCAAAGGAGUCCCCCCAACCUCCGACCGAACCAAGCCCAAGACACGCAAAACACACCCUGCCUUCACCCUCCCCCUGCAGAAAAGCACCAAUCAAAAUACGUAUUCUCCUCUGGACACGUUCAAUUACAAAAGCCCCUUCAAAUCACCCAGCCAUUACUUCCAGAUCUGUUACUAAGCAAUAGAGUAGGUUAUGAGGAUAUAGAAGUUGCUCCUUAACACAGGUCUGGGGUGAGAUAUUGUUCUAAUCCUCAUAAUGGUUAGGGUUGGAUAAUCUGAUCCUAGAUCUGUGGUUAAGGGCAAUUUAUAUUUGGGCUAUUACAAGUGUAGGCCUGUAAGGGAAAUCGGUUUUCCAGAUGUUUGAAAAUGUAUAGCAAUGUGAGGUACUUACUGUAGAAGUGGAGGUUGUCUUUAGUAAUGUUUGAGAUGGACUCAUAGUUACAAAGUUUGGGUAUUGAGGUUUUUGUUUGACCAGACAAGAUAAUAGUGAGUUUAUUUCAUUGUUUUGUUGAAUUUCCUAGCACCAUCAGUGACCAUAGUCCUCUUCACUUUGUUCUCUGUAAUUUCUUACAUAUUUCUGUCUCUGUCAACUGGAAGCCUCUAUUUUUUUCUGCUGGUUCUUUCUGUCUUUAUGUUUUACAUUUUAGUAAUUUAGCAGUUUUGUUUGUUUUGUAGCUUUAUGUCAGUAAAAUAUGGAUGUAUGAGUUUUCAUUGAAAUCUCCCUGACUUUGAGGGGGAUGUACAGUAUGAGUGGAUUCUCUUAUUCGAUUUCUGUGUGUAUCUCUGUCUCUGUUGACAGCCAUCAAUAAACAUUUCAGUGAUCACCU